UUAAAACCAAAACUUGAAGACAAAUAUCAAAAUGUAUUAAAACCAAAACUUGAAGAAAAAUAUCAAAAUGUAUUAAAACCAAAACUUGAAGACAAAUAUCAAAAUGUAUUAAAACCAAAACUUGAAGACAAAUAUCAAAAUGUAUUAAAACCAAAACUUGAAGAAAAAUAUCAAAAUGUAUUGAAACCUAAACUUGAAGACAAAUAUCAAAAUGUAUUGAAACCUAAACUUGAAGACAAAUAUCAAAAUGUAUUGAAACCAAAACUUGAAGACAAAUAUCAAAAUAUGUUAAAACCAAAGCUGAAGGUCAAAUAUCAAAAAAUCUUGAAACCAAAGCUAAAGAACAAAUAUCAAAAAGUCUUAAAACCAAAG